UUUUCGCGUGUGUACCUUGAAACGGGGUAAAAAGAGAGCAAGAUAAAAGCUGAAGGAGGGUUCCCAAAGGGUUGGGUUGGGUUACAAGUGCCAAAGAAGCUCAAAGGCGACAUCGACUCAAACUCACAAGAGCGGGCGGAGACCUGGCUUUCACGACUAGCUGAACGCGGGGGAAAGGAAAACGUGGGCGCUGAGGCUUUUCUUAAGCUCAAGAGCGCAUACAUCUCUUGGCCUACAUUGAGGCUUGACAUGAGCAUCUCGUAGUAGCAAGCUCCUCGCCAACUUUCCCUCUCAUUCUUACACACAAAGGCUCAUCCACACGUACACUGUCAUACAUAGCCCAACAUGACCAGUACAGGCGCAGGCAGGCAAGGCAUGCUCAACUUCAGAGUCACGCACCCAGACGUCUUCACACACGGCAUCUGCGGCCGCAGGGACUGCUACCGCGGCUCACCGGCAGCAGCAGACUGCGAGUUCCACGGCAACGCCGUCCGUGACAUUAUCAGAUCGAGGCGGGACCAGAGACGGGCCCGCUUACAACAACGGUGUCGGACGCACAGCAUUGGCAGCGGUAGCGACAUGAUACCGACGGCGGCGACGGCGUCCGCGUCGUCGACGAGCCGGAACGUCACGCCUCUGAGACGUCAGCCGAGUCAGAGCAGCAGUAUUAGCAAGCCGGAUAGCCCGCUGUCUUUCACGUCGUCUGAGUUCUCGGCCGACUUUUCACCCUGCGUCUCGUCGCUGAUGGAGGAUCUCAUGUUGGAGGUCACGGAUGCGAUUGAGAGCAGCGGCCAGACGCCAGAGCUUAUUGGCAUGCCGCCGAGGCGGACGACAUCGGCGUUCAACAUGGACGACAUAUUUAGAAUGAUUGACGAGGCGCAGAGGGAGUACGAGAGCCUGGGCGAGUCACCUGUCACACCAGUACGGUCAAGAAAUGAAAUACCCCGCCAGCCACGCUGGAGCUGGGAGAGUCUGCUAGGUCCAUCAUGACAGCCGGCAACUGGGGCAGUCGUAGUGGACAAUGAAGAAGAACCGAGACACUUGGCCGGAACGAUCAUGGUCAAAGAAGGACCAUGCUUUCUGCCCUGCUCUGAAGCAAGAGAUCAGCACAAGGGAUGCCAGUGUGUACAACUUUGUACAUCUGACUUUUGAAA